UUUUAAACUACUAAAAAGGUCAAUGUAUUUUCAUGUUUUUAUUUUGUUCCACCAGGUUAGCCCAACCAGUGUUCCUGGGCAAACUGGUCCAGUUCUACAGUCCUGAAAACAAGAACAUGGACUUCACCGAAGCGUACUUAUACGCGGGGGCCGUCGUGCUCUGCUCAGCUCUGAAUGUAUUCGUCGUGCACCCUUACAUGAUGGCUAUUCUGCAUAUGGGCAUGAAGUUCCGGGUGGCUUGCUGUUCACUUAUUUACAGAAAGUCGCUCAGGCUGUCAAAAACAGCUCUCGGCGAGACGACGGUCGGCCAGGUAGUGAAUCUCCUGUCAAAUGACGUCAACCGGUUCGACGUGGCCAUCAUAUUCCUGCACUACCUGUGGAUAGGACCGCUGGCCACCGUCAUCAUCACAUACCUCAUGUGGCUGGAAAUCAGCUGGGCGGCAGUCGUUGGAGUCGGAUUCAUGUUACUCUUCAUCCCUUUACAAGCGUAUCUCGGCAAGCGGACUUCGGUGCUGCGACUGAAGACGGCUCUCAGGACUGAUGAGCGAGUGCGGCUCAUGAAUGAGAUCCUCUCAGGCAUCCAGGUCAUCAAGAUGUACACCUGGGAGAAACCCUUCGCGGACCUCGUCGCGAAAGCUAGAAAGCAAGAAAUAAAGCAGAUCCGCGCGACCUCCUACAUCCGCGGCGUGCUCACUUCUUUCAUAAUGUUCACGACGCGCAUCUGCCUGUUCUGCUCGAUCCUGGCGUACGUGCUGGUCAACAACGUCAUCAGCGCCAAGCAGGUCUUCGUUAUCACCAGCUUCUACAAUAUACUGAGGCAGACUAUGACAGUAUUCUUCCCUCAAGGCAUUGCUCAAAUAGCAGAAGCGACCAUAUCAAUAAAGCGUCUCCAAAGCUUCAUGCUGUACGAAGACACGAGCAAACCAGUGCCCGGCCUGGCCGAGAUACAGACCUCCACGAAGCCCAAAGACAAGAAAGAUUUAGAAGAGGCUGCCAAAGAGGACGAAACUCCGAGAGAAACGCCCAAAGCGUCCGAGACCUCUGAAACUUUGUUGGCAGAGACUAGUAAGCAGGAUGAGGCUAAAGGCAAUGGUAACGCUACUCUCGCACCUCUCGAAUCCGGCGAAGAAGACGACCAGGAACUAUCGACGCGAGUAGAGGAAGACUCUAGGGGAGUUAGGCUAAAGCACGCCACGGCGAAAUGGAUAGUGUCGCACACAGAGAACACGCUGACAGACCUCUCGCUGACAAUCAAACCUGGCAAACUAAUAGCUGUGAUCGGACCAGUGGGCGCUGGAAAAUCGUCCUUAUUGCACGUGUUAUUACGAGAGUUACCGCUACAGUCUGGAAGCGUGCACAUAGGGGGAACUGUUUCAUACGCCAGUCAGGAACCAUGGUUAUUCGCAGGCAGCGUCAGGCAAAACAUAUUAUUCGGUCAGGCGAUGGACCGGCCACGGUACAAUACGGUCGUCCGCCGUUGCGCGCUGGACCGAGACUUCGCACUUCUACCGCACGGCGACAAGACGGUUGUCGGCGAGCGAGGCGUCAGUCUUAGUGGAGGCCAGCGAGCGCGCAUAUCUCUAGCGCGUGCGGUAUACAAGCGCGCGGACAUCUAUUUGUUAGACGACCCGCUAUCGGCCGUGGACGCACACGUGGGCAGACACCUGUUCGAGUCGUGCGUGGUGGGCUACCUGCGCAACUCCACCCGAAUCCUCGUCACGCACCAGCUGCAGUUCCUUAGGGAUGUCGACCAGAUUAUAAUAUUAAAGAACGGCACCAUAGCCGCUGCGGGUAACUUCGACACCCUCAGUGCAUCAGGUCUGGACUUCGCUUCGCUGCUAGCGCGGGAAGAAGAAGAAGAAAAUAAACCGGCGCCAGAACAGACUCCCACGAUUGAAACCGAGGAAUCUGUGCUGCAGGGUAGCUUUAGAAAAAGGCAGAUGAGUAUACAUUCGGUGAGUUCAGUGGACAAUCUAACCGCGACCGCUCCACCGGAGGGCGGGCGCGAAGAGGCAGAACUUCGCUCAGCGGGCGCGGUGUCCGGCAAAGUGUACGGCGCGUAUCUUGGCGCCAGCGGGCAUCCGCUACUGGUGUUUCUUAUGGCGUUCGUGGCUGUACUGGCGCAACUGCUGGGCUCCGGCUCCGAUUGGUGGACCAGCUUUUGGGUAAAUAACGAAGAGGCGUACAGCACAAAAUUAGUAGACUCCUUAGUCCUGGCAAGGAAUAUCACAGGGCCAAUUGAAAGGGAGGCUUUGAUAAGGGAGGGACUCGUGGAGGACGUGCAAUACCAGCCCGGCGGCCUGACGCGCUACGACUGCAUUUAUAUUUAUACUGGUAUGGUGGUGGCGUUAGUGAUUAUAUCGCUGCUACGUUCGUUCAUGUUCUUUUCGAUGGCGAUGCGAGCGUCAACCCGUCUACACAAUAACAUGUUUGGAGCAAUCACGCGUGCGCCAAUGCGAUUCUUCCACGUCAACCCUUCUGGACGAAUCCUGAACAGAUUCUCGAAGGAUAUGGGCGCUGUUGACGAGGUCCUGCCGUCGGCUUUGCUUGAUGUCUUGCAGAUCGGUCUAUCCCUGAUCGGUAUCGUGGUGGUAGUGGCAGUGGUGAACUACUGGCUGCUUCUACCGACGUUGGCCAUCGGCGUGGUGUUCUACGGCCUGCGCAUCUUCUACCUGGCGUCGUCGCGCAGCAUCAAGCGCCUCGAGGGUGUGACUCGCAGCCCGGUGUUUUCUCACUUGAACGCGUCGCUGCAAGGAAUCACCACGAUCCGAGCAUUCGGCGCGCAAGAGGCUCUGAUUAGAGAGUUCGACAAUCACCAGGACCUUCACAGUUCAGCUUGGUAUUUGUUCAUUGCCAGCUCCAGAGCGUUUGGUUUCUGGCUGGAUCUCGUGUGCGUCGUAUACAUAGCAGUGGUUACGUUAAGUUUCCUCGUCUUUGGACAAACUGAACAUGGUGGUAAUGUGGGUCUGGCCAUAACGCAAGCGAUGGGUCUCACCGGCAUGUUCCAGUGGGGAAUGCGGCAGUCCACGGAACUGGAGAAUCAAAUGACUAGCGUUGAAAGAAUACAAGAGUAUUCCAACAUCGAGCCGGAGCCGCCUCUAACGUCCGAGCCGGACAAGAAGCCGCCGCCAUCUUGGCCGUCCGCCGGACGCGUGGAGUUCAAGCACGUGUUCCUGUACUACGCGCCCGGAGAGCCGCCUGUACUCAAAGACCUGUGCUUUGAAAUCCUGCCUAAGGAGAAAGUCGGCAUCGUCGGACGCACCGGCGCUGGCAAGUCUUCGCUCAUCAACGCGCUCUUCAGGCUGACAACAAUCGAGGGCGAGAUCAUAAUCGACGGGCGCGAGACGGCGUCGAUGGGUCUCCACGAGCUGCGCAGCCAGGUGUCCAUCAUCCCGCAGGAGCCCGUGCUGUUCUCGGGCUCCAUGCGCCACAACCUCGACCCCUUCGACGAGUACCCCGACCAGGUGUUAUGGCGCGCUCUCGAGGAGGUGGAGCUGAAAGAAGCAGUGAUGGAGCUGCCAGCCGGUUUGAGUUCUCGCAUCUCGGAAGGCGGCGGCAACUUCUCGGUGGGCCAGCGGCAAUUAGUGUGCUUGGCGCGCGCUAUCGUACGCCGCAACAGAUUACUGGUGCUCGACGAGGCUACUGCCAACGUCGACCCUCAAACUGAUGCGUUGAUACAAACUACAAUAAGGAAUAAGUUCGCAGACUGCACUGUACUUACGAUUGCUCAUCGGCUCCACACUGUUAUGGAUUCGGAUAAGGUGCUAGUGAUGGACGCAGGUCAAAUGGUGGAGUUCGACCACCCGCACAACCUUCUGCAGAAGGAAGGAGGCGUGCUUCGCGCGAUGGUCGAGCAGACCGGCCGCUCUAUGGCAGACUCACUCGCGCGCGUUGCGCAACAGGCAUACGAGAAGAAAUAUGCGCCUCAAGAACCUCAAGCACACGGGAGCAGCCAGUGAUGAAGUUACUUAAUAGGUUUAAAUUAUGUUCACGUUCCUAUCGUUGAAUAAUGUGCAACGGAUCUGAAAAUACUUUUUCCACAUUGUCAAUUUUGUGUCGAGUUUUGUCGUCGUUUCAAAUUCAUUAUUGAAUUUGAAUCUUUACACUAUUGGUGAAUUAGGUUUCAUAGAUUUUGAAUAAGUUAUAUUUUUCUAUGACAUAUUUUCUAUUGCAUUUCGCUGCCAUCACAUGCUUAAUAUUUUAUGAUCUUAUUUAGGUUAUUUUGUGUAGAAUGAGGCGUUAGCAAAAGUUGAGAAUCUCUUAGGUGAAUUUAUUGUUCGAAUCUCUACAACUAAGAACUUUCGAAUUUAUCGUAAGUAGUACGUUGAGUACAGCCUUUUUGUCUAUUUUGUAUAGACGUCGUCGCGACAAUAAGAAAAUGUGAUACAAUUUUUAAAUGUUACUGCCAUUGUUAUAUACCCAUUUUAUGCCUUUUGCUAACGCAACAUCCUGCCCGAUUGUUACUUAAACUUGCAAAAUCGCCAUGUGUUAGAAACUUCAUAUUCAAUAAGGGAAGUGUCGUUAUAUGCGUGAAUGUCAUAGAAUGUAACGUCACAAUAAUUUUGUCGAAUGUAUUAGUUAAUAUUAUACAAACAACCACUAUGUUUAAGAAUAGAUUUAAUAGUAGCUGUGGAAUACAUACAAAGGACAAGUGAGAUUUUUUUUUUACACAUUUUACAUGUUAUAUAAUUUUUAACCAAAUUUUCGAAAUGAUUUUAGAACUAAAAUGAAAUGUUAUGAAUCUGGAAAUUCAUAAAAAUUACUUCUAUCUCUAUCUGUCAGACUUUGGGUUCGCCUUCGAACAUAGGCCUCCUCUUCAACCCUCCACCGACUUCUGUCCCUGGCCACACGCAUCCAGUUCACUCCAGCCUGCUGUCGGAUAUCGUCUGUCCAUCGUUUAGGCCAAGGCUGCUCAACUCCAGGCACGCGGGCCACAGUAUGUCCCCCAAAAGAAUUUUAAGUGGCCUGCGCAUGUACAGUUGGAAAAAAAAACGCACCAAAUAAAAAAUCCCGCCGAGCACAGUACAAACUUUAAGAUCUCUCUGAAGUUAGCUGUCAAAAAUGUAGGUGGCCCGUCGUUAACGACUGAAUCCACCGUUUGGCCCGUCUCUUCAAAAGGUUGAGCAGCCUUGGUUUAGGCGGUCUUCCCCUGCCGCGGGUGUUGUUGCGGGGUCUCCACUCCAGGGUCUUUCUGGCCCAGCGAUCCUGGUUCAUCCGUGCAAUGUGCCCUGCCCAUCUCUAUUUACGGCUCUCAAUCUCUUCCACCACGUCGCUGAUCCUCGUCUUAUCUCUGAUCCACUCGUUCCUUUUGUGAUCUUGUAGGGAAACGCCAAGCAUCUGUCUUUCCAUUGCUCGUUGUUAUUACUUGUGUCUGAGUAAAUUACGAUCUGUGCAAUCACGACUGAUUUUAUAUCUGCGGUGCUAGUUUUAUACUUACUUUCUACGAUUGUGGCCUUAAUACGUACUUAGGUUUGAUGAAAUGUUCCAAAUCUACGCUGUGAGACAUCUUAUUGCAUGUUUAGAAAUAUUUUUUACAAUAUGAACUAGCGCAUAUUAUUUUAUUUUAUUCAGUGAUUUGAUUAUGUAUACCAAUUUUUAUUAUUUAAUUUGAAUGUGAUAAUUUUUUUUUAAAUGUGUAUGCUGUGCCUGAUACUUAGAGAAACUUGAAUUAUAUUUAGCACUAAGAAUCUGUUGUUGUUGGAUAUUACAACAAAAUAUAGUUAUUCUAUGUA